AUGCAGGAGGGCGUCAUUGCCGCCUCCACGCCCUACGGACUGCCGCUCCACUUUAGCACCAUAGCUCAGCGCUUCAAGGAGAUCGGCUAUGCAACACAUCUGUCCGGAAAGUGGCACCAGGGAAUGUUUGCCUGGAACUACCUGCCAACUAGACGAGGCUUCGACUCUUACCUGGGCUACCUCACCGGACACUCCGACUACUACAAUCGAACGGGAGGUGAUGUUGCACAUGGCUAUGACUUUCGCGAGAAUGAAAAGCGGGCCAAUUUGAGCAAGUACGAAGGCAAGUACUCGACUGACCUGUACGCAGAUCGGGUGGUUUCGCUGAUUGAGGAGCACGCCGCCGCCAAUGGUUCUGCCAAACCCUUUCUUAUCUACUUUGCCGAGCAGUCAGUCCACGGUGGCACCUUUGAGGCGGUGCAGCCGCCAAACAGAUACCGAGACAAGUUUACCUGGAUCAAGGAUCGCAAGCGGCGCAACUUUGCAGGCAUGGUCGCAGCACUGGACGAGUCCAUUGGCAAGGUCUUCAGGGCGCUCAACGAGACCGGUCAGCUAGACAAUACGAUCAUCUUCUUCAGCAAUGAUAAUGGCGGAGCCAGUGGAAACGGUCGUGGGAGCUUUAUUGACCACAGCAUCGGCUCGAAUUAUCCACUCAAAGUAAGAGUAGACGAACCAUUGUGCACUUUAGCUAACUUGAAGAUUUUUAUUUAA